AUGGACAAAACAAAAAAAGCAAGUCAUUUGGAUGAUAUGGUCGAAAAUAUUCGUGACAGUCUCAACAUUGCAUUGUUUGGAAAAAAUGAGCUGUCAACCACGAAAACUGGUAGUGUGGUUCUAUCUGACGCCACAUUGGGACAUAUAGAGAACACUAUUUGUCGGGUUCUGACCACAAACUUGAAGCAAGAGGAUCUGUUAUUGGAACGCAUUGAACUUCAAGAGGUUAAGAUGAAACAUUUGGAGAAACAACGGUCAUCCGCUGCGAUACAACAUCAGCAAGAAAUUGAGCUGACAAAGCGAGAAUAUGAAACUCGGUAG